AUGUUCGGGGAGUUCGGUCGAUGGAAGGUGAACAACUUGGCGGUAGAGCGCAGAGACUUCCUGUCCUCUCCUCUGCCCCUCACUCCGGAGUUCAUCAGGAACAUCCGCAUGUUGGGCAGAAGACCGUCCACUCAGAGCAUCACGGAGAAUCUCAUCCGCAAAUACGGCACACACUUCCUGCUGUCGGCCACGCUGGGAGGUAAGAUUGAGCUUCCCCUGCCGUGA